AGGUAGUCUAGUUUCAAUAUCAGGAUGCUUGAUAAUGGACCCAAACGAAAAACUCCACGGCGACUGGGUCGAAAUCUGGAACAGGGAUACUGGAGAAAGUAUUCUCGAGUUCAGUGACGGAGGAGUGAAUAUCAAAUCGGAAUCUGUUAUGAGGCGAUGUAUUAUUAAAAGUGAAACAACCCGAUAUUCAAAUCACGCAAACUGUUUGUGUCUCCAGUUCAAUUCUGAGGGUGCUUCGUAUUACCCUGAAAUAGACUGUGUUACUGUUUUGGGAGAUGAUUUGAACUCGGAUCUGUUGAAUCCGUUCGCGACAGAAUCAUCGGUAGAUUUUCUAGCAUCUUCAGUUCAAAAGUUAGAUAUCAGGAUUGAAGACAAAGAAAAAGGUCAUGGUGACAUUGCUUUAAAAGGUUAUGGUUUUUUGAGCUUACCCGAUGAAAUCGUUUUGAAAAUUUUUGGUUAUAUUUCAAUUACGGAUAUGGCCAGAAUCUCAAGGACUUGCAGUAGAUUAUACCCAAUAGCAAAUGACUAUAGCCUCUACAAGCGUUUGGACUUGAGGUCUUUGUUUUUGAGUCUUACGGACAAUGUGCUGAUGUGUUUCACGCGGAAAUGCAGAAUUCAUAACUGGAAUAUCAAGUCUAUAUCUGUCGAAUGGGGCUUCAGAGUUUCAGCUACCUCUAUCGAAUCUUUGGUGCUCAGUUGCUCUAAUUUGAGGUGUUUAAAUUUGGCUAACGUAAACAUAGCAACCCUCUCAAACCUAAAUUUCACUAAAAUAGCAAAUUUCUGCCCCAAUUUAGAAAGUAUCAUCUUACGAUUGAAUCAUCAAAAGUUUCGUCAAGCUGCCAAAAAGUUGGAAAGCUUCAGAGAUCUGCGAUUGUUUUCACUCGAAAGCGCUGACAUUGAAGAGUCUCAGUUCAAAUUCUUUCGAGACUGGAUUUGCACGAAUAAGUUUCUUACUUUUCUAUCUUUGGAUUCUUUGACACCUACACUUAUGAGCGACCAGACUAACCUUCUCCUAGACCUUCUGGUUCAGAACUGUCCCAAUUUGCAGGGUCUCAACAUCUGUCGAGCGGCUGUGAAUGAUCAAAGUUUUAUUCACAUGUCUGCGAUGCCUAGUUUGAAAGCCUUAGACGUUGGAUGGUCUUAUAGACAAGAAACGGGUUCAUUAGAGUACAAUAGUGCUUUGUGUCAGAUGCUGAACAGCAAAAGAAGCCACUUUACUUCUCUAAUUUUCACUGCAUGUCGGGGAUUUAAUGUCGACGCCUUGGCUUGUAUCGCCAAAACGCAGUCGAUCCUGAAAUGUCUGGACAUUCUAGGAGUGGUAUCUUUAGCUCAAGGAUACAGGUCGUUAGAACUGGUGUUCAAGAGUUGCAAACAAUUGCAGUAUGUUGAUUUGUCGUAUGUUAAGGGCAUCUCGGAUCGCGAAGUGGCCGUUUUGGUUGCUCUGUACCCGAGUGUCGAUAUCAAAAGGGCGCAUACCUCUAAGGCAGACGAGGAAUUUUAUCAGAAUCUGCUGGUAAAUCCAAGAUAUGGAUUGAAUGACAGUUAAUUUACCUCAUCUCUCUAACUAUAUAUCUAUCUAUCAAUCUAUCUAUCUAUCUAUCUAUCUAUCUAUCUAUCUAUCUAUCUGUCUGUCUAUCUAUCUAUCUAUCUAUCAAUCUAUCUAUUGUUUAAUCACGUCAUGUAUGUUUAAGAAGUCCUUGAGCUUUUUUAACGCUGAAGUUUUUCCAGUGAUUAAGCUUUUUCAACGUUUAACUUUUGCCUGUUUAACGGAAAUGCGCGCGUAAAAGCUAUAUCGUAUGUUGCAUUGCGUAAGUUUUUUUGAUUUUAUAGUGUAUAAUGUCAUUAGGCCAAUUGUAUGGGUGUAGUUAUGAUGUCAGAAUGAGGCGAAGUGCAGUGUCGUGUAGUGUAUAUAUGGGAUUCUUCCAUCCAUUUCAAAAAAUUUGGAUUUCAAAAAAAACUAAACGAACUUGAAAUUAUCAAAACAAUGAUGGGGCAUUGUCAGGGUACAUUCGGUUGCACUGUCAGAGUACAAAUCUGGCCUCUUAAACUCAUCGGCUCAAAUCUUUUUGGUUUUCGAGGUAUGGCGUUUUUAUGGUCUUAUCUUUUUUUCAGAAAAAGUUUAGACCGGAAAAAAACUAGUAGCCUUUGAUGGAGUGAUUAAAAUCACGUCAUCCAGUGUGAAUAUGUCAUCAAAUUUAUUAAUCACAUAUUAAUUAAACAAGCAAAGCUUGUGUGAUAUUACGAAUUCACUUUUUUCCAACCUAAGUCGCAAAUAUUAUUACACAAGCAAAGCUUGUGUGAUUUUACGUCUUCACUUUUUUUCCAACCUAAGUCGCAAAUAUUAGUGCUCUUUUUGAAACUGUUCUUUUAUUGCAGUGUAUGCAUAAGAUCAAUAACCAGCGAUUAAGUACAGCAAAUGCUAAGAAUAUUAACACCCACUAAAGUAUUACAAAUAGCACUUUAGCUUCAAGGUGUUAUGAAUCUGUAGCGUAGAGGUAGGGAAGGAGACCAGCAGCAUAAAAAAAGGGUUCGAACCUUGGCAGGGUCGGAUGCUUUUAAUGAACUUUUCGUAUACUAUUUAAAAAUUCUCCGCUCUAUAAAUUGAGGCAUGUUAGUUGGUAAAUUUCUUUUCAAAUUGACUGGUACUGCUAAUGCGUCUUAAUUGGCUUGCGUCACUUAGCAAUUAUGUAGACUCAUAAUUAGCGUGAGUCACUUAAGAAUUUUUGUAGACUCGAAGUUUUACUCAUUCAGUUUUUCCCAGUAGCGUCGUCGGUCAUAUUUUUGCUUGUGUAUGCAAAGUGCAACUUCGACGGUCAAAAUUCUCAACGCAAUGGCGGAGUGAUGUCAGUUGUAGUAGUUUGCGCACCAGUAACGCUAGGGGUAGGUAGGGCGCGGAAAAGAGCUGGAGCAAAUGUUCUAGGUUGUUGUAGAACGUUUCAAAAGGGUCAUAAGUUGUUCUAAGUUGUUCCAGAACUUUCAUACAGAUACACAUAUACCUAAUCACUAUUCACUCUCCCUCUCCAAAUAUCCAAUUUCGAUUGAGCACCAUCAAUUGACUAAAUAAUUUAUAAAAGAAUCAUCGUUAAAAAAUUCUGAAAAUUUUUAACGAUCUAAUUUGUUUAGAACAUUCUACAGAAACCUGAAUUGAAUCAG